GAAAAAAAAAAAAAAACUUAGCUCAACUGAGAAGCGAAGAAGAAAAUGGCGGCAGCGGCCAUGUCCGUUCACCUCCCAAAACAUUCUUCUUUUCUUCUGAAACCCAAACUUCCAUUGGAGCAAAAUUCCAACUUUCUCGGUGGGUCCUUGAAUUUAGGUCGACCCAUUUCCGUAAACCGGGAAAUUAAAGGUCCGGUUUUGGUUUCUGCUUCUUCGACGAGCAAGACCGUCGUUACAGAUGGCGUAGACGGAGAUGCAAGCAAACGGUUUUAUAUCAAUUUUACUGGAUUUCCGUUUCCUCUUGGCCCGUUCCUUAACCGGCGCACCAUCAGAACCGAGGCGGUUAAAGGUUGCAUAUGGAUGUUUGAACAAGAACAAGCUUUAGGUUUUAGUAGCGUGUCGACGAAUAUACGAAUGACAGUUAUCAAACUGAAAUCUGGAGGUUUAUGGGUUCAUGCUCCUAUUGCUCCCACCAAAGAGUGUAUCCAGCUAAUUAAGGAGUUGGGAGCUCCGGUUGAGUACAUUGUCCUGCCAACGUUUGCUUAUGAGCACAAGAUUUUUGUCGGUCCGUUUUCAAGAAAGUUCCCCAAGGCUCAAGUAUGGGUGGCACCAAGACAAUGGAGCUGGCCACUGAACUUACCACUCGAGUUUUUCGGUAUCUUUCGCGCCAAAAUCAUUAAAGACGGAGACUUAUCUACGCCAUGGGCUGAGGAGAUCGAGCAGAAAGUCCUAAGCUCCCCAGAAGUUGGAAUUGGACCGUAUGUCGAAGUAGCGUUCUACCAUAAGCGGUCAAGAACUCUUUUAGUCACUGAUGCUGUGAUCUUUGUUCCAAAGAAACCGCCCUCGAGUAUCAGCAACGAAUCCUUGUUAGCCUCGGCUAAGAACGGACUGGCUGUGAAGAUACUUAGCAAAGGAAAACAAGUACCCAAUGACCCUGUGGUUGAUAACCCCAACACCCGCCAAAAAGGAUGGGAAAGGAUGGUUCUGCAAAUUCUAUUUCUUGGCCCUUCUAAUCUCUUGGAACCAAACGCAAGCUUCGCACAAAUGUCGCAGAAGCUGAUUGUUUCUCCCAUUGUGAAGACUUUGGUCUUUAGCAAAGUCCCUGAGAAGGUGAGGGAUUGGAUCGAUGAGAUAGCCCGUGACUGGAGAUUCAGAAGGAUUAUCCCAGCUCACUUCGAGGCUCCAAUAAACGCAGGAAGAUCAGAAUUUUUAGCUGCGUUUGGGUUCCUUGAAGAUCUUCUAGGGGAAAGAUAUGUAACUCGUCCUUCGCUUUCUCUUCUAUUCACUUCUCUAAUGGGUAAAGCUGCGAGCUACUUUCCUCCUGACGAUAUGAGAACUCUCUCUUCUCUUGAUCAGUUUUUAGUCUCUGUUGGGGCUGUGAAAAAGACGGUCUCUGGUAGAAAACGAAGAUGAUGGAAAAAAACAGAAAAAAGAAUUUCAUCUUUAAAAGUCUUGAAAAUAUAGAAACGAUACGGUCUUGUAACGAAAGAUAUAUACCCAAAGAUUCUCUAGGGUUUCCCCGACUUCUAUACAAUCUAGGAGAUUGAAAUUGUUCUGCUU